AUGUAUGCAACAAGCAAAUAUGGCUUAGCCUACGCAUGGAACAAGACGGAAUGUGAUAGGCAUUUUGAGGUCUUGAAACGGAUGGACCACGCCAUUGCUACAUACGUCGAGCAAAUAGGGUUUGAAAAGUGGGCUCGUCCUUAUUGUCCGUGCGAUCGGUACAACAUAAUGACAAGCAACGCCCGAAAGCUUCAACAAGGUGACGAAGAAUUCGAGAAAAUAUCCGCAACUAUUUUGGUUGACUUCAUCAGGUUCACACUUCAAAAUUGGUUUGCUUCUCGUCUCGAAAAGGCUAGUAAGUGCGCUACUCCUUUGGCUACUACUUUUGAAAAUGAUUUAAAGGAUCAACACAAAGAUGGUAUGUUCAGGAGUGUCCUUCGUAAUGGUGCCCAAUUGUUCAACGUUGGUACGAGUCCUCAAGGUGAGAGAGGUGGUGAUGUGAACUUAGUGGAGAGAACAUGCACUUGCGGACUUUUCCAAAUGCUGAAAAUCCCUUGUCCACAUGCAUGUGCCGCAGCAGUUAGUCAGAAUGUGAGCGUGUACACACUUUGCUCUCCAUAUUACACUAAAGAAACGUGGAAGAAAACCUACGAUGCCACAAUUAAUAUUGUUGGCGAGGAGGAUGAGUGGGUACUACCGGAACAUAUCAAGAACAUAAGAAUCGGGGUACCAGUGGAGAAAAAACCGAUGGUCGGCCUAGGAAAAGCAAUGCGGUGUAGAAGGCCGACGAAGCGUCGACCUUGGGUCGGGUGGUAG